AAUGUUACAAUAUUCUUGUAAUAAUGAUGACAACAAUAACAAUGAUAUUAACACAAACAACUAUACUUCCUAUAAAAAAAACUAAUAAUUAAUCCGUAUAAAAAUUACAAAUCUACUAAUUUAAGCUUAAUUGCUUGACUCAAAGUAUCGACCCGAAAUGACCCGACCCAAAGUCGACCCGACCCGAUCUUGACCCAACCCAAACUUUACCCGAUAUAUGGACUCGAAAACUAACUCGAACUGAAUUGACCCGACCCGAACUUGACCCGACCCGAACUCGACCCGACCCAAAGCCGACCUGAAGAAUUGACCCGAUACCUGACCCGCCCCGAUAAUCUAUUGACCCAAAACCCGAAAUGACCCGACCCGACCCAAACCCGACAUGAACAUUUAUUGACCCGAAUUUAACCCGAUCCAUACCCGACCUAAAUGACCUGUUUGCCAAGUCUACAUAGCAUAAACAAGCUAGGUUCAAGGCUACAAUCUCUUUUUAUUUUUAUUUUUAUCAAAAAAAAAAAUCUAAAAUUUCUAUACAACAGUUCAAAAAAUAUCUUUUAAUAUUUAUUUUACUAAUGUUUUCUAAAUUAUUGGAGGCAAACCUUUUCCCUUUUACACUUGCAUUCAUUUUUUAUUGAGUAGACUAAAAUAUAUUUGUGUGAAAAUGACAAGAUGGUCCUUAUUUUGUUUUUUGCAUUGUCUCUUUGUUGAUGCCCCUCUCCCUUUCACUUGUCCUAUUUUACUAACACCUUACCGCCAAAAAACACCCACUACAACUUUGGUUUCACCCCCCUCUUCUUGUUCUCCUUAUUUUUCUCUAUAUAUACUCCAAUUUUAUUCAUACUCUCUUCAUAGUCAUAUUCCUAUGAUUUCUGUUCUUCUUAACAAAGUACCACUAUUUAGUACCUCUUUUCUGCCACUUUUUCUACUCCUACAAUUACUCUACCUUCCAAUGUUCCAUCAACUACGUACCUCUUACUCUUCCUAGAUUCCUACCAUUUUCUACUCUCUUUUUCUUCUUCUCCUCCUUCGUGUAUCGAUCACAAUGCCCUCUAGGCCAUCCCUCGUUGUUAAAGAGCAACCUCGUCUAAUCCAUCACCCGAGGAAAAAUCAUGACCUAGACUUUCAGUCUUUAAAAGAGUUGCCUGAUUCGUUUGCAUGGUCAUCAUUUGGAGAUUCGUGCUCAGUUGAGUCAGGUAUUUUUGGGUCAGACACUGUACCUGUUAUCAAUCUCAAUGAUCCAAAAGCCCAACAACUUAUUGGGCUUGCAUGCAAAUCAUGGGGAGUGUUUCAAGUUACUAACCAUGGAAUACAAAAGAGUUUGUUGGAUGACAUUGAGGCCGCCGGUAAAAGCCUUUUUUCAUUACCGGUCCACCAAAAGCUCAAAGCGGCUCGUGCAUCUGAUGGUGUUACGGGUUAUGGCCCGGCCCGCAUUUCAUCGUUUUUCCCCAAGAGGAUGUGGUCCGAGGGGUUCACCAUUUUGGGAUCCCCUCUUGACCAUGCUCGUCAACUUUGGCCCAAUGAUUACAAGAAAUUCUGUGACAUUAUUGAGGAGUACCAAACAGAAAUGAAUCAACUAGCUAAGAAGCUUAUGCAACUUAUUCUUGGUUCAUUGGGCAUAUCCAACCAAGAUAUUGUGAAUUGGGCCGAUCUACUUGAAGGAGCUAAUGGAGCCAUGCAACUAAAUUCAUACCCGAUUUGUCCGGACCCAAAUCGGGCCAUGGGUUUGGCAGCUCAUACGGAUUCAACCCUCCUCACAAUCCUACACCAAAAUAGAACGUCGGGGCUCCAAGUGUUCAGAGAACGGACCGGGUGGGUCACGGUCCCACCCAUUUCAGGUGGGCUUGUUAUAAAUUUAGGUGACCUUUUGCACAUUUUAUCAAACGGGCAGUACCCGAGUGUGUACCAUCGGGCCAUGGUUAACCGGAUCCAACAUCGUUUAUCGGUUGCUUAUCUCUAUGGGCCCGCUUCUGGGGUCCGGAUCCAUCCCCUCCCAAAUCUCAUUGAUGCCACCCACCCCCCUCUAUAUAGGCCGGUUACUUGGAGUGAGUAUUUGGGCAUCAAGGGCGAACAUUUCAACAAGGCCCUCUCAUUAAUCCGAAUUAAUAAUAACAAUAAUCCUUCAAUUAUGGGACUAAUUGCAAGUGAUAAGCCAAAAGACAUUAAUGUUGAUUCGGAUAAGACAAUUCUCACUGCAUUUGGUUAAUCAAUGAUGUUAAUUAUUGUUUAGAUUAGUCAUUUUGCAUUUAAAUAAACUUAUGGAAUUUUUCCACUUGGUUUGAGUCAAUGAUAAAUAGUGUCAGGAAUCAUACUGGGUUGUUACCAUUACUACUAUUUAUUAGUUUUUCAUCACGAGGUCUUUUUUUCUUGUUUCAAGACCGUUUGAUCUUGAAAUUAAGGUAUUGAGACACGAUCUCAUGGAUUUGCAAAUUUGUACAAUUUAGUUAAAAUAAUUAAACAUAAAUCAAUGGAGAGUAA